AUGGUCCUCGAAGCUACGAUGAUAGCCAUCGACAACUCGGAAUACAUGAGAAAUGGAGACUAUUUGACCACCAGAUACGACGCCCAGUUGACGGCCACCGAGCUCAUUUUCCAGAACAAGGUCAACUCCAACCCCGAAAACACGGUGGGAUUAUUGGCAUACGGCGGCAACGGCCCCCAGGUAUUAUCCACAUUGACCACCGACUUUGGAAAGAUAUUGUCUGGGGCCCACGCCACCAAGUUGACGGGAGAAAACCACUUCUCCAGCGGCAUCCAGGUGGCCGCUUUGGCAUUGAAGCAUCGUCAGAACAAAAUCCAGCAGCAGAGAAUCAUAGUCUUUGUGGGCAGUCCCGUGAGAGAGUCCGAGAAAGAGCUCGAAAAGUUGGCCAAGAAGAUGAAGAAGAACAACGUGGCUGUGGACGUCAUAAAUUUCGGGGAGGAGGGUGUCAACACUGCCAAGCUCGAAAAGUUCCACGCCGCCAUAAAUAACCACGACAACUCCCACCUCGUCACCAUUCCUCCUGGCCCUAGAAUGUUGUACGAAGUGGUUGCAUCCUCACCCAUUUUGGUCGAAAACGGCUUCGACAUGGGCAGCGGCGAUUUCGAUGGUUUUGGUGGAUCCGGAUUUGGCGGAGGCGAUCUUAUUGAUCCUAACAUGGACCCCGACUUGGCGUUGGCUUUGAGACUUUCAUUGGAAGAAGAAAAGUCCAGACAAGAAAGAGAGGCCGAGGAAAAGGCCAAGAAGAACAGCGAUUUGGAGAAGAUCGACGAGGGUAAGGAGGGUUCUGACAAGAAGGACGAAGAUGACAAAGAUGUUAACAUGGAGGAAGCCAAGUAA